AUGACUGUCCUCUCGGCGCGCUGUCGACCGAGCAAGUAUCGGCGGAUCCGCGAAUUCCCCUCUCCCCGCAAAUUCUUCCUGUCCCUCCCACAUGCGCCUAGCACCCGCGCGAGACCCCCCUUCCCCCUUCCACAUCCGCUCGCUCCGCCACCCCCUCCCCCCACCCGCACAUCCCCCCCCCUCACCUCCCAGACGUGCGCCAAGUACCUGCGUGAGGUGCGGCGGUCGUGUGCUAAGGCCUCGCCCGCCCUCCUUUGUUCCUCUCCUUCUCUCCCCCCUCCUCCCCUCUCCUUCUCUCCCCCCUCCUCCCCUCUCCUUCUCUCCCCCCUCCUCCCCUCUCCUUCUCUCCCCCCUCCUCCCCUCUCCUUCUCUCCCCCCUCCUCCCCUCUCCUUCUCUCCCCCCUCCUCCCCUCUCCUUCUCUCCCCCCUCCUCCCCUCUCCUUCUCUCCCCCCUCCUCCCCUCUCCUUCUCUCCCCCCUCCUCCCCUCUCCUUCUCUCCCCCCUCCUCCCCUCUCCUUCUCUCCCCCCUCCUCCCCUCUCCUUCUCUCCCCCCUCCUCCCCUCUCCUUCUCUCCCCCCUCCUCCCCUCUCCUUCUCUCCCCCCUCCUCCCCUCUCCUUCUCCCCCCCCACCUUCCCCUCUCCUUCUCCCCCACCCUCGCCUCUCUCCCGCACAUCCCCACCCCCUCUACGCAACCCCCACAGCCCCCUCCCCAGACGGGCGGUAAGUACCUGUGUGAGACGUGCGCCAAGUACCUGCGUGAGGCGCAGCAGCUGUUGUUGUGUGUCCCCCCCAUCCUCGCCUCUCUCCCGCGCAUCCUCACGCCCUCACCCCAACCCCUGCCCCCUGUCCCCCGCCCCUCUCUUUCCCCCUGGACAUGCGCCAAGUAUAUGCGGGAUGUGCAGUGGCCUCCCCUUCUGAGCUUAGGCCUAACAUGCGCCAAGUACCUGCGGGAGGUGCGGCGGCUGCGGCUGCGGCGGCCGUUUCAAGUGGCGGAGUUUGGCAUGGCUCUGAUUAACAGUGCGGAUGAGCGGAGCAAGCUGGGAGACGAAGUGUGGGAUGUGAUGGAGCAGGUGGCAAUCGCGGCCAUGGACUGUCAGCAGCUGGGCAUCGCCAAGGAGUGCAUAGGAGCUCUCAUGAUCGCAUUCCCCAAUAGCACUCGCGUGGGGUGGUUGGAGGGCAUGUGGCUGGAGGCGAAGGGGUGGUGGGAUCAGGCGGACAAGGUGUACAGUGACCUGCUGGAGAGCAACCCGCAGGACCAGCAAGUGUUGAAGCGUCAAGUUGCUGUGCUGAAAGGCAAGGGCAACACGGUGGGGGCCAUCAGCGCUCUCAAGAAGUAUCUCGAAACUUACAUGGCGGAUUAUGAGGCAUGGAAGGAGCUAGGGGACCUCUACAUCUCGCUGCACAUGUUCAAGCAAGCAGCGUUCUGCUACGAGGAGCUGCUGCUGUCGGCCCCUGUCAACCCCAUCUACCAUGUCACUUAUGCUGAGAUUCUCUAUUCGAUAGGCGGAGCAGAGAACUACCGGCAGGCCAUAUCACACUAUGCUGCUGCCACUGAGUACAGUGGAGGGGCCAACCUGAGGGCGCUCUAUGGCACUUGCAUGGCAUCAGCAGCGCUGCGCUCAGCAGGCAAGCCAUCAAGGGGGGCAGCAGCGGUGGAGGGUGAACCAGAAGGACUGGUGGAGGCAACAGCAGAGGCGAUCAAACAGGAGUACCGCUUCAAACGCCCUGAGCUGCUCAAACCUGUAGUGGAGCCCACACUAGCGAAGCUUGUACUAUGA